AUGGGUCUAUUCAGUCAAAAACCCAAGGACAAGUACAAGGUACUGCACCCCGACAGUGAUAGACACACGAGACCAAAUCCUGGGAGACGAACAAGUGAGACGGCAGCCAACACCCCUUCGCCUGGCUAUCAUGGUCCUCACUUCCAUCAAGGGCCAGCCCAGGAUGAGAUAUGGAAUCGGCGACAGAACGGUUCAGUACCCUACGAGGACAUACGUGGUCGCUCCCACUCGUUCCACAGUCCCAUCAAGCAGCAUGAAUUUUCCAAUCCCUAUGAGGUGCAGCCGGAUCCAUGGACCCCAAGGAUGGAGCAGGAGUACGCCGACUAUAAAUCCAAGGUGGAAACUUGUAACAAAAAUAUGCGUUCCGUUAGGGCGGCGAAACAAAUUCCUGUCGGCCGGAAAGCCGACCCUGAGGCUAGUCGGGGUCCGCAAAUUAUGGCUGCAGUUGACUUGGCCAUAGAGGGUCGGAUCCAGGCAUCCACAGCUUCUCAAUCUAGGGCAGGUUUCCAGCAUAAAUAUCCCCAAGCAUAUGCGCAAAGGAGUAAGGUUGAUACUCAUUGGGGUGAAGCCUUCGGCGCGAAAAGUACCGCAACAAAGUUUCGGACGGGCGAAGCUGAGCUCCGUCAGAAGUAUGGGCAAUGGGAGCACAGAAUGGGCGAAUACGAGCAGCAGCAGAUGAACCGAGGCUCAUCAUCGAGGCGCUGA